AUUUGACUUUCUCAGAGUAUAGAUUGAACAUAGAAAUGGCACCUAAGGAUUUCCCUGAAUUGAGUCAACCUCAAGUCAAUGACUUGGUUGAAAAACUUCAACAUUGGUCAUUAGCGAAUGGCUUAGUAAUGUAUCCUCCAAACUUUGAAAGUUAUAGUGCAUCAGUUGCUCCAAUUACUUUAUUCCCAACACCUUUCCCAAAGAAGUCAUUUGAAAACGCCCUUGCUAUUCAAAAGCAUUUUAAUGAGUUGUAUAUUAAUGUUGUUACCCAUCAAAAGGAAUGGUUAACUAAUAUCUUACAAUCACUUUCAAAGUUUGACGCUGAUUUCACGGGUAACUUGUUUGAUGCAUACAAGAAAUCACAAGCCCGUGGUGUUAAACAACCGUUAUCUUUAGGUUUAUUUAGAUCGGAUUAUAUGGUUAAUGACAUUGAUAAUCAAGAGCAACCUGAAAUUAAACAAAUUGAAUUCAAUACAGUUAGUAUUUCAUUUGGAGGAUUAUCAACUAAGGUGGGGCAAUUGCAUAACUACUUAAAUAAGAACGGAGCAUAUGAUGAUAAGUAUUCAUACAAGUAUUACGAAGAUGAAGAGAUUCCAAUUUCAAACUCAAUUAAAGAAUUGGCCGAUGGUAUAGCAUAUGGAGACUCCCAAUAUAAUUCUUCUGGGUCUACCGCCAAUAAGACUGUUAUUCUUUUCAUUGUUCAAGAUGGCGAAAGAAAUUGUUUUGAUCAAAGACAUAUUGAAUAUCUGUUACUUGAUUUCCAUGGAAUUAAGUCAUAUAGAUUAACAUUGGAAGAUGCUCAAGAGAAAACCACUGUUAAUCAAGAUAAAUUAUACAUUAAAGAAACAAUGGAUGAAGUAUCUGUUGUUUAUUACAGAUCUGGAUAUUCUCCAUCUGAUUAUGAAUCUAAUCCUGAAUUGACUUGGGGUGCUAGACUUUACUUGGAAGAUACUAAAGCUAUUAAAUGUCCAUCUUUAUUGACUCAAUUGAGUGGAUCUAAAAAGAUUCAACAAUUGUUAACUCAAAGCGAAACUGUUAAGAAAUUCUUACCUGGGUUAUCAGAAUCUGAAUUUACAAAGCUUAUGUCAUCUUUUGUGAACAUAUAUCCAUUAGAUGAUUCUGAAGAUGGUAAAAUUGCAAAGAAAUUGGCAUUUGAAUCUCCAGAAAAGUUUGUCUUAAAGCCCCAAAGAGAAGGUGGCGGCAAUAAUAUAUACAAGGAUGAUAUUCCUGGUUUCUUGAAAAAUUUACCCGAAGAAGAUUGGGGUGCAUACAUUCUUAUGGAACUUAUUCAUCCUUCUAACUUUAAAAACAAAAUUCUUCGUAAUAGUACCGUAUAUAAUGAAGAAAUCAUUUCUGAAUUAGGAGUCUUUGGAACAAUUUUAUUCAAUGAGGAAACUGGUGAGAUUUUACAAAAUGAAAAUGCUGGAUGGUUAUUGAGAUCCAAGUUUAGCUCUAGUGAUGAAGGAGGAGUUGCAGCGGGCUUUGGGUGUGUUGACAAUAUUUACUUAUAUUAGCUGCCGUUCGCUGAUAAAUAAAUUUCUAUUUCUAAUUCAGUUCAACACUAAUCCAAAUUUUUAUACAUUUUAUUUUUAGACUACUAACAAAUAUAUAAUAGACAUCGAAUUU